AUGCCUGAUGAACAUCCCUCCAAAUGUCCAAAACUUCAAUUUGAAGAGAUAUAUCGUGAUCCAGGUUCACGUAAACAAAUAUGUGAAUUUCCUAUCAACAAACAAGAUGAAAUCCGAGGAGCUUAUAUCGAAAAAGGUCCAUAUCAACCUAAAAAUAUAGACUAUCCAUACAAUGAUGAUACUCAUCAUCGUCGAUUUCAACCUUCAUGGUUUAAUUCACAUGAGGAUUGGUUGGAAUAUUCAUCUUCAACGGAUGCGAUAUAUUGUCUACCUUGCUACCUUUUUAGUAAGAAACCAAUAGGUCGUCCCGGAUCAGAUGCAUUCAUUUCAACAGGUUUUAAUAAUUGGAAAAAGGUGAAAGAUGGAAUGAAUUGUCCUUUAAUUCGUCAUGUUGGGAAAGAACCAAACUCCCCACAUAAAAUUGUUGUGAAAUGCUGCGAGGAUUUAAAGAAUUAUUCACGACAUAUUGACAAACUAAUUGAGAAACAAACGUCAAAAGAAUUAGAGAAUAAUCGGUUGCGGCUCAAAACCUUAGUAGAGUGUGCUCGAUGGCUAGCAUUCCAAGCUUGUGCUUUUAGAGGUCAUGAUGAAAGCCUUGAUUCAAAAAAUAGGGGUAAUUUUAUUGAAUUGAUAAAAUUCACAUCAACUUUCAAUAACAAAGUAGCUAGUGUUGUUUUGGAAAAUGCUCCAGGAAAUGCCAAAUAUACAUCACCCACAAUUCAAAAGGAGAUUUUGCAUAUUCUUGCUAGUAAUGUGCGAAAUGCUAUUCGUGAAGAAAUUGGGGAUGCAAAAUUUUGCAUUCUUGUUGAUGAAGCCCGGGAUGAGUCGAAGAGAAAGCAAAUGGCCAUCAUUUUGAGGUUGCAAUUAGCUCUAGUUAUAGCAUGUAGAGAAGUAAAAUAUGUUCAUCAAUUCUUUGAUCAUUUGGUUAAUAUUAUCAAUAUUGUUGUUGGUUCUAGUAAGCGUAAUGAUGAAUUGCAACAUGCUCAAGCAGAACAAGUUGAGAAUAUGAUUGCUUCUAAUGAAAUUGAGAUUGGAAGAGGUGCAAACUAG